AUGAGACCCGACUGCUGCUCUACAUCGUCAGAUAUUGAUGAAGAAGUUGACGAGGAUGAUGAUGAGGAUUACAUAGUAAACAUUGGGAAGUCUGAUAAAGUUGUUCACGUUCUACAAUCUAUGAAUUGUGUGCUUUCUGCUAGUGUCAAGGUCAGUUUUCUCAACAACAGGGCUGAGGUGACUUUCUGGCCCGAGUUCAGAGGAGAGAAUGAGAUCGUAGAAAUAUUGAGGAAGAAGACAGGGUUUCGUGUGGCAGUCAUGGGAAGUGGAUGUAUUGAGGAUGCAGGUCUAGCUAAGGUCCGAAUAACAAUAUGCGAUGAAGAAUCGCCGGAGAGAAUCGAGAAGAUGGAUGAGGUCCGCAGAAUGAGAAUUCUCGGCCGCGAGAACGGACGGGUUAUACUAGAGGUUGGAUACGAUCCAGCUAUCGUUGGGGUUAGGGAUUUGUUGUGCUACAUCAACAACAACAACGUUAAAUUUGAUGCCAACAUAGUCGACAUCCCAAACGAAGAUACGGCCGCAUCCGAAGCGGAAAGAAGGCAUUUAAAGCUUUUGGGAAUUAUAACACUUGUAUCUGCAAUGUUGACAGUGCCCGUCCUUAUCCUGGCCUGGGUACCGUUACCAAACAUCGAAAUGGCCCUUAAAUAUACCAUUCAACUGCCUCUAGCAACUGUUGUUAUGGGAGUAGCGUACCGGAUAUAUAUCAGCGCAUUUCGAACCAUGAUAUACGGUGGAGCGGGUGGUAGUAGAAUCGAUAUGGACGUUCUCGUCCUGGUUGCUACACUCGCUGCCUGGGGGUUUUCGGUAUCGAUCUUCAUGAUUGAUACCAUCAGCGGAACACUUGGAACCACUGGAAAGGAGCCAUUCUUCGAGACAUGUUGUUUGUUGGUUGCAUUGAUUCUCGCAGGGAGGUGGAUCACCGGGAUGGUGAGAAUGUGGGCGUUGAAUAGGGUCUUGGCCCUUGGCGACGAGCAUCAAAGGGAGAGAUCAAAGAGAGUGUUUUUGGUGGAGGGCGACAACAUUCGAGAGAUUAACGAGAAAUUACUUCAAUACGCGGAUGUCUUGGUUGUUUUCAAGGGCGGUGUUAUUGCCACUGAUGGCGUUGUGGUGGAGGGGGAGGCGGAAGUAGACGAAAGCCUCUUGACAGGAGAAGCAGCUCCUGCAGAGGUUCAGGUCGGUCGAUUGGUAAUGGCCGGAAGCAACGUCGUAAACGGCAGACUGAAAUAUCGAGUUACAAGACUGAUGCACGAAAAUACAGUUUCUGUCAUCAAACGGAUGGUUCGAUCAGCUGGUGGGGAAAAGCCAAAAGUGCAAGAGAUGGCUGAUAGAUUUGCAGCCAUCAUGACACCGACUGUUCUUUUCGUUUCUCUGGCGGUGUUCAUUAUCUGGCUUCUUGUCAAUAGGCUAGGCAGAAACGAGGAGUGGUCUGAUAGCGCGGUGGAAGCGGUUUCUUUUGCUGUAGCAACACUGGCUGUAUCAUGUCCAUGUGCCAUCGGUCUUGCUGUACCCAUGGUCAUGAUUUUUGCCAGUAGGGUCGCAAUGAGAAAGUGCGGGUUUUUAUUUGUAAAUGUCAUCGCAGUGGAAAGAGGGCUGAAGGCAAACAAGGUUGUAUUCGACAAGACGGGGACCUUAACAACAGGAAAGUUGAAAGUUGUUUUUGAGAAGGAGUACACUGGAGUUAGAUGGAGUGCUGAAGUCGGAGAUCAAAUUCGGACAUUGGUUAAGACCCUGUGCGAAGGAGAAAAGCAUCCAGUUUCCGAAGCAUUAGCGACAAGUGUUUCGAAAGCGUUGGGGCACCCGGAUGUCACUGUUGAGACAGUUGUGGGGAAAGGACUCGAAACCACAAUCGAAGGCCAACUCGUAAGAGGCGGGCAGCCUUCUUGGUGCUCUCAUAAUGGCGAUGCGCAUCACAUUGUAAAAGAAGUAGUUCAGCAAGGGUUGACAGUAUUUGCGCUUUCCAUCGACGGGGAGCUCAAGGCUGUCUUUGGGCUUGAAGAUACUAUUCGCCCUGAAGCACAAGAAGUAAUCGCAGAGCUUCAUAGAAGAUGUAUAGAAACCUAUAUCUUCUCUGGGGACCAUACACACGCUGUCUCAAAGAUCUCGAAGGUCCUUGGUAUACCAGAAGGAAACUGCAGAUCCGGCUGCUCUCCAGAACAAAAAUCCUCCGAAAUCAAGAAGCUUCAAAUUCAACUACAACCAACACGAGAAGACAACACAAACGAACCAGUACUAAAGCGCCCAAUUGUUCUUUUCCUUGGCGAUGGGACCAAUGAUGCUAUAGCACUAAAACAAGCAGACGUUGGGCUGUCUAUGUCUGACUCGACCUCGGUUGCGAUAUCAGCUGCGGAUGUGGCCAUCUUGUCAACAUCCUUAACCAGUGUCGUCAGUUUUUUGGACCUGAUGAUCGCAGCUGGAGGAGGUUUUGUAGCUGUUAGGAUCUCGCCUGAAUGGGCGGGCUUGGGCGAGUUGGGUAGCGUAUUGCCGGUUGUUAUAAUCGCAGCUUUUGUAGGUGUUCGAUGGGAGAGGAAAAUGACAUAUGGUUAG